UUGGGUGCAUGACUUGCUCCCUAAUCUCUGCUCGCGCGAUAAGGUUUCGGCUCCUCUCCUUCCCCUUCCCCUCCUUGUCAACCCCAAAUCGUGUGGCUCUCGGUGAACUAAAAUCCCUAAAUUAACCCCUCUUCCCCCACGAGAGAGAGAGAGAGAGAGAGAGAGAGACGCAGUGGCUUCAUUCGCCGCUGCAAUCGACGCGCAGCGCCGCCAUGAUGGCCCUCCAAGCCUUUCUCCUCUUCCGGCCGUUGCCUUCGCCUCCCCCCUCGCGCCGCCCUGAGCGCCUCUGCCCUACCGCUCUCCGUCGCCCCGCCGGCUUCUUGAUCCCCUCUCACCUCCACAAAUCCCGUUCCCACCGCCGUCUCAACCUCGCCCCCGCUCCCCGCGCAUUGCCUUCCGAGAACACGGAUUCGUUUCUUGAACCCUCAUCUCCCGAUAAAGAUUCCUCCUUGGAUGCCCAAGGCCUCCUAAACUCUCAGCUUUCACAAGAUUCCGCUGGAGAGAGCUUGAGAGGGGAGCUCGACGCUGCUGCCGUUGUAGGUGAUGCCGGAAAUGGUGCUGCUUUUGUGGAGGAGUCGGUGGAGAAGACGGGGACAGAGAGCAGGUUGCCUCUCAUGUUGUACUUGAUGGGAGUCCUGGCUUCGGCUAGGAAGAGUUUGAACGCGUUGUUGAUGUCGGAGUGGCUGAGCUGGUGGCCCUUCUGGAGAAAGGAGCAGAGGCUGGAGCGGCUGAUUGCCGAUGCCGAUGCAAACCCCAAGGAUGCUGGCAAGGAGAGUGCCCUUCUUGCCGAGCUCAAUAAGCACAGCCCUGAAGCAGUCAUCAGACGGUUUGAACAAAGAAAUCAUGCAAUAGAUAGCAGAGGAGUUGCAGAAUAUCUUCGAGCUCUUGUUGUAACUAAUGCUCUUGCAGAAUAUCUUCCAGAUGAGGGUUCAGGAAAACCUUCCAGCCUUCCUACACUGUUGCAAGAGUUAAAGCAACGUGCAUCUGGAAAUGAGGAUGAGCCAUUCUUGAAUCCUGGAAUAUCAGAGAAGCAACCACUGCAUGUAGUUAUGGUUGACCCUAAAGCAUCAAAUAGAUCAUCACGAUUUGCUCAAGAACUCCUCUCAACCAUCUUAUUUACCAUUGCUGUCGGUUUUAUGUGGGUGUUGGGUGCAGCUGCACUGCAAAAGUAUGUUGGCAGCUUAGGUGGUAUUGGGACAUCUGGUGUUGGUUCAAGUGCCACAUAUGCCCCAAAAGAGUUGAACAAAGAAAUCAUGCCAGAGAAGAAUGUUAAAACCUUUAAGGAUGUAAAAGGUUGUGAUGAUGCAAAGCAAGAGCUUGAGGAAGUGGUUGAGUAUCUUAAGAACCCAGCAAAAUUCACUCGGCUUGGUGGGAAAUUGCCGAAGGGAAUUCUUUUGACUGGCGCACCUGGCACUGGAAAGACUUUGCUCGCAAAGGCUAUUGCAGGUGAAGCUGGUGUGCCUUUCUUCUACAAAGCAGGUUCAGAAUUUGAGGAAAUGUUUGUAGGAGUUGGAGCUCGUCGUGUGCGGUCAUUAUUUCAGGCAGCUAAAAAGAAGGCACCUUGCAUCAUUUUCAUUGAUGAAAUAGAUGCUGUGGGUUCCACUAGAAAGCAGUGGGAGGGACACACUAAGAAAACGUUGCAUCAACUGCUUGUGGAAAUGGAUGGCUUUGAGCAAAAUGAGGGAAUAAUAUUGAUGGCUGCUACAAACUUGCCAGAUAUACUGGAUCCAGCAUUGACAAGACCUGGCAGAUUCGAUAGGCAUAUUGUUGUUCCGAGUCCUGAUGUGCGGGGUCGGCAGGAGAUUCUGGAGCUUUACUUGCAGGACAAGCCAUUAGCUGAUGAUGUAGACAUAAAAGCAAUUGCUCGUGGUACUCCUGGCUUCAAUGGUGCAGAUCUUGCAAACUUGGUAAAUAUUGCUGCCAUUAAGGCUGCAGUAGAAGGCAUCGAGAACAUAGCUGCUGCACAAUUGGAAUUUGCAAAGGAUAGGAUAAUUAUGGGUACAGAAAGGAAAACUAUGUAUAUAUCUGAAGAUUCAAAGAAGCUCACUGCUUACCAUGAGAGCGGUCACGCCAUUGUUGCACUCAACACUGACGGUGCUCAUCCUAUACAUAAAGCGACCAUUAUGCCCCGAGGUUCUGCACUAGGGAUGGUAACUCAACUUCCUUCUCAAGAUGAAACAUCUGUUAGCAAGAAGCAGCUAUUAGCUCGCCUUGAUGUCUGCAUGGGAGGGAGGGUAGCUGAAGAGCUCAUCUUUGGUGAAGACAGUGUCACAACUGGUGCUAGUAAUGAUCUACACACUGCCACAGAGCUCGCUCACUAUAUGGUCUCAACCUGUGGAAUGAGUGAUGCAAUUGGCCCAGUUUAUGUUAAAGAACGGCCAGGUUCUGAGAUGCAGUCGCGGAUAGAUGCAGAAGUGGUCAAACUCUUGCGAGAAGCUUAUGAUCGAGUUAAACAGUUACUAAAGAAGCAUGAAAAUGCGCUACAUGCACUGGCUAAUGCACUUCUCGAGUACGAGACUCUCAGUGCGGACGACAUCAAACGAAUCCUCAAUCCUUACCAAGAAGUCCAACUCCCUGAACAGCAAGAGGAGCUUGCUUUGACCUGAACGGCGUUGUCUUGACAUAUUUUUUCGGUCUUUCUUCCUGGUAAACUAAUGUACAGUAAUGCAAACGUAGGCCAAUUUUUAGACUAGUUAUGAUAAUUCUUGGCAUAUAUAUUGAGCGUUCAAGGAAGAUGUGAAGUUAUUCUUUUCAAUUUCGCAUCAAAAUUUGCAGGGAAACCAAAGGAACCAAAAUCCUUGUUGGUGGGGUGUGAUUUGUCAAACGUCGGUCGAUCAGAGAGUCCACAUUGACAUGAAAAAGGAAGAAAGCAGAUGUGUUUUUUGAGUAGGGAUGGGAUCUGCAGAAGACUUUUUGUUCAUUUUAAUAUUAUUAUUAUGAAAAACCUGUACAAAACAUGGGAGCCUUUCAAGAAAUAAGAACUCGUAUUUAUUCUUGAUGAUCA